UCCCCCUCAGGGCAGGCUGCCCGCCCGCGGAACCCCGCACGUCAGAGCGGCCUCACAGGACCCGCAGACCAGCCCCGCUGGGGCGCGCCGGGCUGCCGCGGUGACCGUUCCGACGCCCCCCGACCCCCAUCCCGAGGCGGCCCGAAGUGUCUGUCGCCGGCCUCCUCCCGGCCCAGCCUCCGGGCCUCGUGCAGUCACCACGCCCUGGGGCCCGGAAACCGUUUUCCGGUCUUUCGCUUUCGGCUGGCGCGGGGCGCGGAGGCCGCGGUGCUGCGUAGCCCGGGCCGGGCGCAGGAACAACCCCGUGGUGCCCUCCCUGGCCACCGCCCAGGCGGGAAACGUCGUUCCGGGGACCCGGCGACCCCGCAGUGGGGAGCGCGCCAGGUCCGCGAGGGGAAGGGGGCGGUGCGCCGCCGGCGCCGCCUCUCAUCACGUCCCCGCGGGCCCGCACUCGCCCGGAGCGCACCCAGCGGUCGCCAGCCAGGGCGAUGGCGGGCAUCUGGCUGGGGCUCGUGUGGCAGAAGCUGCUGCUGUGGGGCGCGGCGAGUGCCGUGUCCCUGGCCGGCGCCAGUCUGGUCUUGAGCCUGCUGCAGAGGGUGGCGAGCUACGUGAGGAAAUGGCAGCAGAUGCGGCCCAUCCCCACGGUGGCCCGCGCCUACCCACUGGUGGGCCACGCGCUGCUGAUGAAGCGGGACGGGCGAGAAUUUUUUCAGCAGAUCAUUGAGUACACAGAGGAAUACCGCCACACGCCACUGCUGAAGCUCUGGGUCGGGCCGGUGCCCAUGGUGGCCCUUUAUAAUGCAGAAAAUGUGGAGGUAAUUUUAACUAGUUCAAAGCAAAUUGACAAAUCCUCUAUGUACAAGUUUUUAGAACCAUGGCUUGGCCUAGGACUUCUUACAAGUACUGGAAACAAAUGGCGCUCCAGGAGAAAGAUGUUAACACCCACUUUCCAUUUUACCAUUCUGGAAGAUUUCUUAGAUAUCAUGAAUGAACAAGCAAAUAUAUUGGUUAAGAAACUUGAAAAACAUGUUAACCAAGAAGCAUUUAACUGCUUUGUUUACAUCACUCUUUGUGCCUUAGAUAUCAUCUGUGAAACAGCUAUGGGGAAGACUAUUGGUGCUCAAAGUAAUGAUGAUUCCGAGUAUGUCCGUGCAGUUUAUAGAAUGAGUGAGAUGAUAUUUCGAAGAAUAAAGAUGCCCUGGCUUUGGCUUGACCUCUGGUAUCUUAUGUUUAAAGAAGGAUGGGAACACAAAAAGAGCCUUAAGAUCCUCCAUACUUUUACCAACAAUGUUAUCGCUGAACGGGCCAAUGAAAUGAACGUGGAUGAAGACUGUAGAGGUGAUGGCAGGGACUCCGCCCCCUCCAAAAAUAAACGCAGGGCCUUUCUUGACUUGCUUUUAAGUGUGACUGAUGACGAAGGGAACAGGCUAAGUCAUGAAGAUAUUCGAGAAGAAGUUGACACCUUCAUGUUUGAGGGCCACGACACAACUGCAGCUGCAAUGAACUGGUCCUUAUACCUGUUGGGGUCUAACCCAGAAGUCCAGAAAAAAGUGGACCAUGAGCUGGAUGACGUGUUUGGGAGGUCUGACCGUCCCGCUACCGUAGAAGACCUGAAGAAACUUCGGUAUCUGGAAUGUGUUAUUAAGGAGACCCUUCGCCUUUUUCCUUCUGUUCCUUUAUUUGCCCGCAGUGUUAGUGAAGACUGUGAAGUGGCGGGUUACAGAGUUCUGAAAGGCACUGAAGCCGUCAUCAUUCCCUAUGCAUUGCACAGAGAUCCGAGAUACUUCCCCAACCCUGAGGAGUUCCAGCCUGAGCGGUUCUUCCCCGAGAAUGCACAAGGGCGCCAUCCAUAUGCCUACGUGCCCUUCUCUGCUGGCCCCAGGAACUGUAUAGGUCAAAAGUUUGCUGUGAUGGAAGAAAAGACCAUUCUUUCAUGCAUCCUGAGGCACUUUUGGAUAGAAUCCAACCAGAAAAGAGAAGAACUUGGUCUAGAAGGACAGUUGAUUCUUCGUCCAACUAAUGGCAUCUGGAUCAAGUUGAAGAGGAGAAAUGCAGAUGAACCCUAACUACAUUAUUGGGUCAUGCCUUUAUCAUGAGAAAGGUCUUUAUUUUAAGAGAUCCUUGGCAUUUACAAUUUAUAGAUCAUGAGUUCAAUAUGCUUGAAUCCCCCAGACCUAAUUUUUCCUUGACCCCACUGAUCUUGACAUCAAGUCUAACAAAGAAAGAGUUUUGAGUUUUGUAUUUUAUUUUAUUUUAUUUUUUUGGGGACCGAGUCUCACUCUGUCGCCCAGGCUGAAGGAGUGCAGUGGUGUGAUCUCAGCUCACUGCAACCUCCAACUCCCAGGUUCAAGUGAUUCUUCUGCCUCAGCCUCCCAAGUAGCUGGGAUUACAGGUGCCUGCCACCACACCUGGCUAAUUUUUUUGUAUUUUUGGUAGAAACAGGGCUUUGCCAUGUUGGCCAGACAGGUCUCGAAUUCCUGACCUCAAGUGAUCCACCUGCCUCAGCCUCCCAAAGUGCUGGGAUUACAGUCGUGAGCCACCACGCCCAGCCAGAGUUUUGUAUUUUCAUCACCAUCAUAGAUGUUACAGUUGGCUGUGGUCUCAAAAGUAGAGUGAUGUGUGUCAGUACCCAAAUAAACAUCUAACAGGUUUCUCAACAGAGGAAUCCACAGUCCAAUUCCACUUCAAUUGAUAGACCCCAAAAUAUAAUUUAAUCAAAGUUCUAGAAUUUUUGUUUGUUUGAGACAGAGUCUCGCUCUGUCGCCUAUGGUGGAAUGCAGUGGUGACAUCUCGGCUCACUACAGCCUCUGCCUCGCAGGUUCAAGCGAUUCUCCUGCCUCAGUCUUCUGAGUUGCUGGGGCUACAGGCACAUGCCACCACGCCCAGCUAAUUUUUGUAUUUUUAGUAGAGAUGGGGUUUCAUCAUGUUGGCCAGGAUGUUCUUGAUCUCUUGACCUCGUGAUCUGCCUGCCUCGGCCUCCCAAAGUGCUGGCAUUACAGGGAUGAGUCACUGAACCUGGUCCAAAGUUCUAGAAUUUUUUAAAGGUAUUCAUGUUGACUCAGGAGUACACACACACACACACACACACACACACACACACACACAGAGACACACACACACAGAGCAUAAUUUGAAAGAGGUAAGUACUCUGACUUAGGCUCUCAGGUUUUAAAAAUUAUAUUAGUGGCAUCAGUUAUGACAAGAAUAAUCAUUGUAGUACUUUUCAGAUUUUAUAACCUAGAGCAGAUUAUUUACAAGUUGAUUCGCAGGUUCUGUUACAGUUUCUCUUUUGAUUGUCACUUAUGGUCUUCAUUUAAUUCCUCAUAGAAUCCCAAUCACCUUUAUAUAUUAUUGGAAGAGAUUCAUCUUCAUAAUCUCCAAUUUUUCACAGUGCCUCACAAGCUUAAUCAUGCCUUUUGGAUCUAGAAGGACUUUAGAACGUGUCUAGUUAUGCUCCUUUAUAUUAUAAGUAAGGGAAUAGAAUCUGCCCAAAGUCAUGUUACCAGUUGGUGACAGAGCCAGAAAUACAUAGAGAUCUAUACUCUAAAUCUCUCCACUCACAUGCCGAUAUACUUUCUACUACAGUAUGCUAUAUGGAACUCAGGGUGAUGACCAGACGUGUCAUUAGAACAUGAGUCUUCUGCUUCUGAUUUAGGCAUACUUCUGGGAUUCUUCCAUCUUUAAAGGAAAAAGGAAGCCAUUCCUCUGUAUUUAGUAACCCAGUAAUAUCUCACUUAGUUUAGGGUUAGACCUUUAGUUAAUUCAACCCUACAGAUCACACUUAUCAAGUUGAUAAUUGACACAUGUUCCCUGAAUUUUAAUUUGAUAGGCAAUACAUCUACCCACUCCAUUAUUUUUUUAAAACUGCAUUUAAUAAUUUAAACAAGAUUGAUUUUGUUUUCAAUUUUUAUUCAUUCUUCAUAGAAUCACAAUUACCUUAAUCAUAUAUUUUUGGAAGAGAUUCCUCAGUAAUUGCCAAUCUCUCAUAGUGCCUCACAGGGUUGAUCAAUGGCUUUUGGAACUGGAAGGACCUUAGAACUUUCCUGGUUAUGCUCCCAAUAGGCAAUAGCAGAUAGAACCAUGCAAUCAAGAGGGUAGGAUAUGUAUUCUUCAAUGGAUAUCAAAGGAAGAGGUCGCAAACCAAAGCCAUUUGGCAAGCCGUAUAGCCUGGGCCAUUUAAGGCGGGGUGCAAUCUCAGCCAUUGCACCCAUUUAACUAUCCCAAACAGCCACAGUGCAUAGAACCCAGGCCCUAAAUUGAUGAGGAAAAAGUCAAGGAAGGAGGUGAUACAAUUGGAAAUAUUUCCAUCAAAUGGUUAAUCUUAUUAUCUAGAAAAUGGGUAUAUUAGAAAAUUUCCUUCCAAGAUGAUUUUGGAUAAUAAAAGUUGUAUUUGUGGAAACUGGUCUUAUCUCUGUUUUAUGCACUUACAUUUAUCCCUUACAUUUUGUUUUUAGUGACCCUACAUGACAUUAAAUUUAAAUAAAACAUUGCUUAAUGUUACCUUUUGGUCUGAGAACUUCAUUCAGCUCCAGAAUUAUUGUUACUCACAUUUAAUCAGUAAGUCAUUUAAGCUACGACAGAAUAGGAAUUGAGGAAUUAUUUCAUGUGCUGCAGUAUUGAAAUGUGGAUGCUGCCUUGUUUUAUAAGAGAUGAUCAAGUAUCUGUUUGUGUGCCCAUUACCUUUCUUCUGCUUGAAAGACGUGUCUCAAGGAAAAUAAAUUAUAUUUUAGAUGCAGGUGCUGCAUUUUAUUCUAACAAUUGAUAUCAGUUGAAAACAUAGAAAGCUGUAAAAGAUAAAUCAGUGGGUGGCUGAUUCAUAAUGGAUAAUAAAAGAAAUAGCACUUU